AUGUUUAUGCGAAUGUAUGAGAAUUGUAAGGGGAAAAUUCAAAGGGCUGAUGGUGGAAACGGCACCACUUUUCAGCCCGGCAACAUCGAGUUCCUUGAAGCCUGGGAGCACCGCUACAAGGAUCAGAAAGCAUUGAAGCAACUGGCAACCUGUGAACACGAUUGGAACACGGAUUGCAAAGACGUCACAGAGAAGAAUUUCAACGAGUUCACAAUCCAGGGCCAACUGCACGUUAUUGAUAAAGUAUGUCAUGACGACGGGUUUUCAGUGCACUACGACAUGCUCCUGGAUAAAUGCAUCAUGGCGGUAUCAAAGGACUGGACAGCUUGUUUCGUGAAUAUGAAAUUCCACACAGACCUACGUAAAGCUGCUACAAAUAACUGGGCGCAUUAUGAAACUCACUUCUAUUUGUGCUGUGAAAGGACCCGUUUCCGUCGCUGCACUUUAGAGGUCCUGUUGAAGUUUCUGCACAAGUGCACUUCUCAACAGUCCAUUUUGCUACAGAAAUUUUCAACUAUUAUAUCGGAGGGUGAAGUUUUUCAGGACUGUAACUUCAACAUGAUGUACCCAAAAUGUCCAGGCGGGGAUCCGCGACCACCAACGGCUCUGGUCUCCAAGCUUAUGAAGGAUGAAUAUAUUCACGAACUCAAAGCCAGCUCAUUUCGACCAACGACAAUGGGCCUCAAUACUUUUGGAGAUGAGGUUGUGAGUGGGGAAAUAACUACAAAAUUGUCUACUUAA